AUGUACGGUGGUCAGAGCGCCUAUGAUUCACUCAUCGAUGUUUGCUUGAAUUCUGCGAUGGCGAACGUAAGGACGUUGUCGAUGGAACAACUUAAUGAGCUUCUUUACAAUGAGUCACGUCUUGACUCUUUGAUUGACAGUCUUCCCCAGAUCCGUUGCUUGCCAACUGAACGUGAAGCUGGUCUUGCUCAAAACAAAUCACUUGCUGAGUGGAAUUUAGCACAGGAGCCGAAGCUGGAUCAGUUGCGCAUGCAGGUGAAAACACUUCAUGAACAAGCCGUCGCUCUGAGGACUGAAACUGAAACGCUAAAAGCAAGACUAGAUGAAAUUUCCUCUUCUAAAUCGCUUGAUACUACAAGCAAUUUGCUUCAGGUUGCAGCACAAGAAGCAGAUGAUGAUGCAGAGGGAACUACUAAAGCCUUUCUAUCCGGAGCAAUAUCAGCUGAACAAUUCUUGAAAGAUUUGCUCGAAAAGAAAACGCUGGCUCACUUACGCCAUCUUUUACGCAGAAUUCUAAGCCGUCGAUUGUCCACUCUUCGAGAAAUGGCUGGUGCUCAGGAUCCCGAAGUUCUUUAUGAACCAAAAUUUCCGGAUACCAGAGAGUAUCCUGAGUAUGAUUUAUUGAACGUACGGAUUCAGGGAUAUGACUUCACUUACAUUGAGAAAUUUCAAGGCUAUAUUGACAGGAUGGCUCGGAGGUUUAAUUUCAAGGUUGUUGAAAGCUAUGCGGUAGCAGCGCAAACACAACGUGUGGUAGUCUACAAGCCGAAUAGCACAAUCGUGGACAACGAAGUAAAACUAGCUCUAUAUGAUCGAGUUGUUCGACUCAGUAAUGUGGCAGCACCACGCCUUCAACUGUUUAUUACACUUGUGGAAACUCACAUACCUGUUGGAGUUACUGUUACGUUUAAACAACAUGAAAACGCCGAUGAAGAUUAUCGUUAUAUACCGGAUUUACUACUAAAGCAGAAGCAAGAAGAGCUCAAGUCUCUCGACAAUCCCAUAGUUAGGAGGAAUCUAGGCUGGGAAUAG